AUGGAUAGAAGCUUGACGAGGACAAUAAGUUUGCUUCUCUUCUCGUUAUUGAUAUUUUGUUAUGUUGGAUUAUUUGAGCAUGCGGGUUCGUGGUCGAAAAUAACCUUCAGCACUGGAAGAUAUCCAGCCCCAAAUUUUCUCCGAAAAGCAAAAGUCGAAAGUCCAAAAACUCCAAAAACUACACAGCCCGAACCUCCAUCUUUCUCGGAAUCGAGUUACUCUGAUAAUGAACCAACAAUCCUCUCUUCUAAAAAAUCUGUCUCAACGAUUCAUCUUCGCUCUCCACCACCGAAAAACCCAGAUCCUCCAACCAAAAAUGAAAUUAUUCAAUUCCCAGUGAAUUCGACGAUUCAAGAAAACCACAUUUAUGAAACUUUUGAAAAAAGAAAAAAGCACCUGAAUUUCGUCUGCAAGCGACUGCGACAAGUCGUGGAUCUAAAUCAAAAUAAAGCGGACAAUUUCGACGAGCUCCAACAAUUUCAAAAAGAUCUUCUUCAGUCAAAAGAAGACGAUAAAGCUUGCAAACCGAUAACUCACCCAGCCGGGCUGUUAGAUAAUUUAUUCAAAAGCGAAGAUUAUAAAAUCCGAACUUGUCUACCGACCAAAACUGGGAGCACAAGCUGGUUGAGGACACUCAUCUCGCUAGAAACGUACCAUGGAAGCAAGAGCCCAGACCAGGUUCGCGAGUCCUGGGGUUCUUACAGCCAGAGAAUGUGGAAAAACGCCUGGCUCCUGGAAGAGCAAGUCAAGACAAAGACAGGUGAUCAGGGAUGGAUGAGUUUGAUGACUGUGAGGCAUCCGAUGGCGAGACUGUAUUCGGCUUGGAAGGACAAGUUCAGAAAGGGGCAGCCUUGGUUGAAAGUCAUUGAGAAGCAGUUUCAGUACUAUCUUUUACGACUUGAACGGAACGACAUGUCAAACGCAGCUUACGAGUACUCCUUCGAGGCAUUCGUCGAGCUGGUUGCUUUGACAGACUUCGACGGGCAGCGAGAUCGGCACUGGACGUCCAUUCAUACCUAUUGCAACCCGUGCGCCAUUCCUUACGAUUUCAUCGUCAAGCAAGAAUACGGCUUUGAAGAAAAUGACUAUCUCCUGCAAAUUUAUGACCAAGAAGGAAAAUACCAAAAUUUGAAAAGCAUCCCGAAGCGUUCACAGUGGGGACAUCAGCUUGACGAGAAACCAAUCGAAGUUGAAGACAUGCUGGAGCCGUGGAAAGACAUCAGCAAGACGACAAUCAAGCAGAUUUACAAGACGUUUUAUUUAGACUUUGUCUAUUUCAACUACAGCAUCGACGAAUUCAUAGCCGUCGGGAAAAACGAUGACGGGGUUCUUGAUGAUGUCAAAAAGACAAUGAAGACGAAGAUAAACGCGCAGAGCUCUAAAGUCAAAUGGAUGGACACCAAUCACUGCAGGGACAGUUUUAAUGAAGCUUGUCAGUUCACGGAAAUGACUGGAUAUAGGCUCAACUGCAAGGGUUACAAGCGGCUUUCUUUUUCUACUUACGAAGAAGCAGAAGCAUUUGCGUGCGCAGACGAAGAAAUUACUGGCAUCGGCCUCUCAGCCGGCCAAUACUGCGUCUCUUCGAUAGAAGGAUCUUUAACGAAGACAACCGAAAAAGGCCGGAGUAGAAGCUGGAUUAAAAAGGAACACCCCGUUCUUAUUUCUAAAUAA